CUCCCGCAAUCAGGAUGGCGGGUCUCGCGGUUUUUCGGGAACGCGCAGGAGCACUGCCCGCCUUGCCCGGAGCUAAGAUGGCAGCGGCCUGACGGGGAAAGCUCGACUGAAGAGGGGCGGCAGUUGCGGGUCUCCAGAGGCGGCGGCCUCCUCCCUCUCCCGAUGCUGGCGCGAUGCUCCGCUCCAAAGGGUUCUUCCGCGGCAUCGAGUGCCCUUUCGGGCCGGCUUGCGGGAGGCCCUAUUGCCACUUCCGACACCCGCCGGGGACCACUGACCCAACCGCACCCGCCCGACGCCUCAGCGGCCAGGCUGGUCCCAGCAGACGCUCCUCUGGCUCAGAGUGUGGCUAUGACCCGUAUAACCCCGAACUCCCGAACCCCUCGGCCCAAAGCAAAAAUGGGAGCUUGGAAGACGUUACCGACUCGGCCCCGAGUAUUCUGGAACUGGAGCUGGUCAACCAGGCGAUCGAGGCCGUCAGGAAUGAAGUGGAGCGUGAGCAAAAGAAGUACGAGGAACUUCUGGAAACUACGAAGGAGUAUGGCGCAACCGAGCCUCCGUCGCUGGGCCCCAAGGCUGCUGGGCUGGCUUCUGUGAGCAAUGCCAACUCCUUUACGUCCUUGGAAUAUAACCCGAGCAGCUACGUGUCCCGCAGCAGCACAGACUACAACCCUACCCCUCUUCCUGUGGCUGCGGCGAACCGAUCGAGCAAGUACACCUUGGGUGGUUCUGACGGGGCCAAAUCAAAGGGCAGCUCGCUGGAGUACGUUCCCACGGUGGUCACCCAGAAGAAGUACAGCCGUUCUGUUUCCAACAGGAAGUACAUCAUAGAUGAUUCCAAGCCUUCGACGGAUCUGGAAUACGACCCUCUUUCCAAUUACUCUGCGAGGCUUUUGGGCAAAGCUCGGGGCAAGGAGCUGAAGGGGACCAAAAGGAAGAGAGCCGCUGACCGGGAAGACUCAUAUUCUCCUCCGCUCAAGAAGCCCUCCGACGUAGCCUCGAGCCCCGAGCUCGUCUCAAAGUUCUCCGAUUCCGAAGACGAUCAGGAGGCGGGAGGCGAAGCGGCUUCUGCCGGCCCUGCGAAAUGUAAAGGCAGCUCGGAGAGCAAGGGGGACAGACAGCCAGUUGCCGAAGUGAACGGGACCCAACGGGACCAUUUGCCUUCCCGUCAGAUGAAGGAGACGGCGGUGCAGUACGACAUGGGAGACAUUGAAAGCCUCCAUGGGACAGUUGUUAAAGAUGCUCUGGGGAAGGAGUUGGCCAAGGCCCUUUCCAACAAGAACGAGAAAGGGAAAACAAAAGUGGUAACAAAAGACCGAGCGAAAGAAAAAAAUGCGGAGGGUAAGAAAGACAAAGGCCAGGUCGCCGGCAAGGAGAAAACGGGCACCAAAGAGCACAGGAGAAAUGGGGAAAGGAGCGAGAAGAAACACGACAAACCCCACGUUGGUGGACCUUUAAAGCAACUUGAUAAGCCGAAACCUGGGAAAGGGGCAGGUGGGCGUCAGGAAACCCCUGGAAAGAAGAAGAACGAAGGGCACAGGAAACCUUCUAGCAGCGAGAAAGCCCGAAGCGCCAAGAAGGACUCCAAACCAAGGCCUGUCAACGUGAUCGGCAAGAAGGAGGCCCAUGGAGGUAAACAGGGCAGUGGAAAGACGAAGCCACGGGACUCGCAGCCACUAAAGGCAAAGCUUGCUGACUCCCACAGUCAUGUCAGUGCCAAAGGUCAGUGCCAGGCCAAGCGGCGGACACUGAGCCAUGCUGACCUCUUUGGCGACGAGAGCGGGGAUGAGCGGUCCUUGGCUCAGCCCUUGCCGGUGGUUUUCCCCGACGUAAGUUCAGACUCGGAUGGAGACGACGGCUUCCAGCCCUUACCCCACUACAACGAGAUGCCGAGCCUGAAAUGUCCCAAGCUGUCCAGAGCUCCGCCAUCUCCCACGUCCUCGUCCUCCUCUUCCGACGAGGUCGCUUAUUCGGUCCUGGAGCACGACCUGGAUUUCGAGUCCGACCCGAUGGAGGAGUGCCUCCGAAUUUUUAAUGAAUCCACAGAUGUGAAAACGGAAGACAAAGGCCGGCUGGGUAAACAGCCACCCAGAGAGGAAGAGUCCGAUGAAAAGGUACCAGAGGACAGUUUGACCACCCUCUUUCCGGGUCAGAAGAGGAGGAUCUCCCACGUGACCAAGCAAGGAAGCGCAGAAAUCCCAAGCAAGCCAGUGGUCCGGCCUUACCGCCCGCCCACCGCCCAGGAGGUCUGCUAUCAGAGGAUCCGCCUCGCGCAGCAGCAGGUGGCACAACUAUCCCUGCGGUCGUCUGUGCCAGUGUCCACAGUGCCCCCGAGGAGCUCCCUUGUGCUGCCCAAAGGGGAAAAGAAGCGGAUUGCCCACGUGCCCAGCAGCGCGGCUCUGCCUGUGGCCACCAAAUGUGGUAAGUGAGCGUUUCUUGCCUGCCAAAACUAAA